AGAAGCCCCUGGCAACAGGUCUGAAUUCUGGUCUCGGUUCAGACGGCAGAACUUCUUCCACCGUUCCCAGGCUCAAGUUGCCCCGCCUUCAGAGGGGGAGCCGCACUCGGGCCCGGAGAGGCGCGGAGAGCGCCCGGGGCAGAUAAAGAAGCUGAUGUUCAGAGCUGAAGAACUUGCUGAAGAACUUGCUGAAGAUCACAAAGCUGGGUCAGCAGUUAAAUCAGGAUUGCAAGGCGGGCUUAUCUGUCUCCAAAGACUUCAACCCUUUCUGCACACUCCCACUGUUUCUAAACGGUAAAUAACGCCUCAUUUUACAACUACAAACGAGGAAAAUGUCAUAAAGCGGGGGAAGAAAACAACCCAAAGGAAAAUGGAAAGGAGACACAGCAGCAUGGCCAGUGUGCUGUCUCGCCGCCUUGGUAAGCGGUCUCUCCUGGGAGCCCGGGUGUUGGGACCCAGUGCCUCCGAUGGGCCAUCAGGGGCCAGCUUGCCCUUGGAGCCACAGGCAGAGGUUCCGGAGGGGGCUGCUCCCCAGCCCUUCCUCGCCUCCAAGGACCCUACGUGCCAGGAGCAGCCCAAGGAGGUCCUCAAGGCUCUGGGCACCACUGGCCUUCAGCAAGUGGCCUUUCAGCCUGGACAGAAGGUCUAUGUGUGGUACGGCGGUCAGGAGUGUACAGGCCUGGUGGAGCAGCACAGCUGGGCAGAGGACAAGGUGACGGUCUGGCUGUUGGACCAGAAGUUACAGAUCUGCUGCAGGGCGGAGGAAAUAUGGCUGGCAGAGCUGCACGGCAUGAUGCCCCAGGUGCCACCUCCAGAGCACGGGGCCCAGGCAAUGGCUUACAGACCUGUCUCCAGGAACAUUGAUGUCCCAAAGAGGAAGUCAGAUGCGGUGGAAAUGGACGAGAUGAUGGCGGCCAUGGUGUUGACAUCGCUGUCCUGCAGCCCGGUUGUGCAGAGUCCUCCUGGGGCCGAGGCCAACUUCUCUGCCUCCCGUGUGGUCUCGGGUGACCCGUGGAAGGAGAGCGGCGAUGUGUCAGACAGUGGCAGCAGCACCACCAGCGGGCACUGGAGCGGGAGCAGCGGCAUCUCCACCCCUUCGCCGCCACACCCCCAGGCCAGCCCCAAGUAUUUGGGGGAUGCCUUUGGUUCUCCCCAAACUGAUCAUGGCUUUGAGACCGAUCCUGACCCUUUCCUGUUGGAUGAACCAGCUCCACGCAAAAGGAAGAACUCUGUGAAGGUGAUGUACAAGUGCCUGUGGCCCAACUGUGGCAAAGUCCUGCGCUCGAUCGUGGGCAUCAAGCGACACGUCAAAGCCCUCCACUUGGGGGACACCGUGGACUCUGACCAGUUCAAGCGGGAGGAGGAUUUCUACUACACAGAGGUGCAGAUGAAGGAGGAGUCUGCUGUGGCUGCGGCAGUCCCCUCUGCCCCUGGGACUCCCACCGUUGAGCCAGCUCCCACCCCCCGAGUGACCAGCCCAUCCCUUGCCACUCUUCCACUGCCUCUGUCCAAAGCCCAGACCUCUGGCCCGGAACACUCUGGUCUGGAGUCUCCCCUGCCCUCGGGUGCUCUCAGCAAGUCAGCUCCUGGCUCCUUCUGGCACAUUCAGGCUGACCAUGCAUACCAGGCUCUGCCAUCCUUCCAGAUCCCCGUCUCUCCCCACAUCUACACCAGCAUCAGCUGGGCUGCUGCUCCUGCCGCCGCCUCCCCGCUCUCUCCGGUUCGGAGCCGGUCACUCAGCUUCAGCGAGCCGCAGCCUCCACCUGCAGCAAAGUCUCACCUGAUCGUCACCUCUCCACCCCGGGCCCAGGGCAGUGCCAGGAAAGCCCGUGGGGAGGCCAAGAAGUGCCGCAAGGUGUACGGCAUCGAGCACCGGGACCAGUGGUGCACGGCCUGCCGGUGGAAGAAGGCCUGCCAGCGCUUCCUGGACUGAGCCGCCAGCCACUCUGCUCCAGCCCUGCCCGGCAGCCUGAUGGCAGUCGGCCUUGGGGGAAGCAGAGAGGUGCAGAGCCCGAGCGGGUGGUUCCCACUCUGUUGGCUCAAGUGUAACACUUAAAACACUUUCUCCCCCUUGUGGGAACGUUUUAUUUUUUAAAAAAGAAGCAAAAAUAUUUUUUCCCCUAAAAUAGGAGAGAGCCAAGACUGACGAAGGGUAUUCUGCAGCGAACCAGAGACCAAAGAAUUACUAGUCCCUCCCACCUGCCCUGCCCCGGGGGCACUGGUUUGUACUGGACUGUGUGUCCUGUUUCCUGCCGAGUUGGUGGAUCCUUUGUUUUCUCAACUUUUCCAGAAAGGACUGUGAGCAAGAUGAAUUUCUUUUUCUUAAAAAAUGAGGAAGUUUCUGGCUGGGGGUGACAUGAGGCAGGACCACAGGUGGGGAGGGCAGCAGACGUGUGCCUCCUGGGGGGUGGCUCCUCUUCCCUGUCUGAACAGCUUUUGGAAGGAAGAGGAAAAUCCUUCAAAGGUGACAGCAUUUCAAUCUGGGUUUCCUCAGAGGUUGGGCUGCCUCCCAACAAGUGCUACAUGACUUCUUUUCAAAGCCCACACGAGUCUGCUUUUAAAGACUGUCCUCAAAUCGCUGAGCCCAGGCUGAUGGUUUCUGAGACGGGGCGGUUCAACACUACCUUGACCAUCCUUCUGUGUCCUGGAGGAAGUGCUAGAGGUCUCAGUGUCUGGGGAACUGUCCUUACCUGAACAAAGCCCCCCGAGGUCCUUCCCUCCCGUGUGGAAGGACAGGCCAGAACCGUUGAAUCUCAUCUGGUUCAUUCAGAAGCCCUUUCUGUGGGUGGCCCUGAGAAACUCUGGAGGCGCUCUCGUCUCUGGGCUUCACCAGGGGUUUCCUCGUUUUUGCUUUGUGCGGAAGGCAGGGUGAAGAAGGUCAAGGCGAGUCCUUGUGGGAGUGAGAUUCGGGAAGUCCAAGAGGAAGGCAGGGUGGGCUAGCCAUUCCUGCCGUUUUGGCCCUUGGUGUCUCUAGAGGCCGCAGGGCUUUGGGGGAGAGGGUUGCACUGAGGUCAGUCUGCCAGGCUGUUCUUGUCGAGGGCAGAGAUUGAGGCAGUUGAGUGCCAACUAAGGAUGAAUGGAGACGGAGUGGGCCAAGCCCUGAUGUUGUCUGAGUCUCUCCUUCCUCCCAGCCGACUUGGCUGCAACGCUUGUGGCCUGCUGAACAUGACCACCCGGGGCCCGGCUGUCUCAGACAUGAGUCCUGGACCGAUGUCCCAGGUGUCACAGGCUUAGGGAGUCCCACCAAUCCACCUCUCCUGAGCCUGAGCAGCAGUGUCCACCUUUGAUUAUCAUUGAGACUGUCCUCUUCGUCCCAGGUGAAAACACCUGGCUGCUGACGCUCUGUUGGUGGCUUCACGUGGGAAAUAAAUGUCUGUUUUUCAAUCUGAGACACAUGGAGCAUUACCAAACCUGCAAACCUAAGAAUAGGGGUGUGAUGUGGUGAAGGGUGUAGUGGCCUGGGCUGAUGACAGAAGGGACAGCCCCUCUUAUGCAAGAGUGUCUUUGGUGGGGGUGGGGAUAUAUUUUUAUAUUUUAGGAGAAAGAUGUAUAUGGGAUUCUGUUUCUUGGUGAAGCUUGAAACCAGGUCAGCCAGAGGUGGUCCAGGCUCUUGUGUCUCUUCGACUGCAAGGAGAGUUAAAAGCUGAUGGCCUUCUUGCCUCAUUUCCCACGUUGUCCGUCUUCAGAUCUUACUGGGGAAGGGAGCACGGGGGCAUGUGGACACGUGGGGACUGUGCAAGAGGUCCCCCCUCUUAAACCCCGGCUUGCGCUGAGUCUCACCGUCAGCAGAGCUGUUUUAAUCCCUGCCUCCAUUUGGACCUUGGAGAUAAAAACUGGAUACAAAGAUGUUCUCCAUGUGUGGCCGGCUUCUCAUGCCGUGGGUACCCAAGACAGAAAAGGAGGAGAGAGAGAAGGAAUUGAUGGGACACUUUAAAAGCUGAGGUGGCUUUCUUGUUCUUGUCCUUUAUCUCCUUUCCAUGCGGCCUUCCCUGUUGCAUCGGCUCCUUCCCCCUUGGUGGUGGCGCGGGCCUCCUCGCCCUCCGUCCACCCGCUUCUCCAUCUCGUUGCUCUUAUGUUGGUUCCUGCCGGGCGGCUUGUCCUUGGGGUUGCUCCGCUUGUUCCUCCUGGGAGGGUGGGGGUGGCUGGUGAGUCGACCCGGCGAUCUCUCCCUGCUUCCCAGACCCCUGGGGGCCGCAGAAUCUGGCUGGAGGAAGAUGCCGCAGGUGUGCGUUUGAAAGUAACAGGACUCAUCUGCAAAGCAGUUACCUAAGGAAAGGUGUCCAGUGACGUUCCCCGUAUUCGGGUUCUCUUUGAGGUGCCUUCAGAGCCGGGGCUGUGUUUGGAGCAGCCUCCGUGAGGCUGGGUCUCCGCCAUGUGUGUUCAGUGCAGAGUCCAGACCAUGUCUGUGGUCAGGGCACGACUCAGGUGGAGAGUCAAAGGACUCUCAAGUAACACAGCUCAGAGUUAACGAGGUGACUUUUAACCCCUCUCUGAAGGCCAUCGUGUAACCUCAAACAGAGUUGUGAGCAGUCAGUGACUUUUUGAAGGACAAUAUCGGAUGUGGGAACUCUGUUGGAAGAAAUCUGUCCUGUUCCUUUCUGGUCAUUCCAGGUUCUGACUUCACCAGGGGUAAAAAGAAAAAAAAAAAAAAAAAAAAGGGAGAUAAAUCCCAUUUGUGAAUUGUUUUAUUGGCACCCCCCACCCCCUGCCCAGCUGUCUUCCAAGUAUUAUUUUUACUGUUAAAAUUUUUUUAAAAAAAUGUGAAAUGUAAUGUUUUUACAGCAACAAUAUGAAAUAUAUUUUAUAAGGAAUAAAAUGGUACAUUGUCUGA